UGCACCCCUCCCAUGGAGGGCACUGGUGCGGCCACUACCCAAGUGUUUAGGGAGGGCCCUCUGCAAGCCAGCCACCAGGCUAGGGCUUGGGCCACAGCCAAGCCCUUGCUCCCAUGGGGCUCACAUCCUGGUAAGGAGAGACAUCGUAAAAAAAACCCGAAAUAGACAAUAUGUCCGUCGUAGUAAGUGCUCUGAAUCAAAACCGGGAAGGUGUGAGUGUGUGGGGGGGGGAAGCGUGAAGUUUUGCUCUUUUGUGAAGUUAUCAAGAAAGGCUUCCUGGAGGAGGUGCCAUCUGAGCAGAAACCUGAAGACCCUAGGGAGGGAGUUACAGACAAGUGGGAGACGGUCCAGGUGGCCCCGCAAGAGCAAAGACCCUGCAGUGGGAGCAGCUUGGUGUGUUCCAGGAACUGUAGAGAGGCCAGUGUGGCUGGUCCACAGGUUGCCGGAGGGAGAGGGGUGGGGGAUGGGCCCCCCCCCAAACUGCGGGGCUCGCCAACCGUGGGGAGGACCUGGCAAGCUCUCCCAUCCACAUGCCUGCAUGAGGCCGCCCACGUCCAUGCCACAGGAGUCGAAGGAAUCCCAGAAACUGAAAGAAGAAGCAGAGCCCUCCUUGCGUCCUCCCUGCCCCCUCUUGCCCCCACCCCUGCCGAGACCAAAGUGACUUCCUCUUUCCACCCCAUUUAAGGCCCAGCCAGGGAGCGCCCCCACAGAAGGGGAGGCCCCGCAGUCCGGCCAUGGGGGACACCUUCAUACGCCACAUCGCCCUUCUGGGCUUCGAGAAGCGCUUCGUCCCCAGCCAGCACUACGUGUACAUGUUCCUGGUGAAGUGGCAGGACCUGUCUGAGAAGGUGGUAUACCGGCGGUUCACGGAGAUCUACGAGUUCCACAAAACGUUAAAGGAAAUGUUUCCUAUCGAGGCGGGGGACAUCAACCCACAGAACAGGAUCAUUCCCCACCUGCCAGCCCCACGGUGGUUCGACGGGCAGCGGGUCGCCGAGAGUCGCCAGGGCACCCUCACCGAAUACUGCAAUGUGCUCAUGAGCCUGCCUGUCAAGAUCUCUCGCUGCCCCCACCUCCUCAACUUCUUCCAGGUGCGCCCUGACGACCUCAAGCUCCCCACGGACAGCCAGGUGAAAAAGCCAGAAACCUACCUGGUGCCGAAAGACAAGAGCAUUACGGACAUCACAGGCCCCAUCAUCCUGCAGACGUACCGGGCCAUCGCUGACUUUGAGAAGACCUCGGGCUCCCAGAUGGCUCUGGCCACGGGUGAUGUGGUGGACGUCGUGGAGAAGAGUGAGAGUGGCUGGUGGUUCUGCCAAACGAAGACAAAGCGAGGCUGGGUCCCGGCGUCCUACUUGGAACCCCUGGACAGUCCUGAUGAGACAGAGGACCCAGAGCCCAACUAUGAAGGUGAGCCCUAUGUCUCCAUCAAAGCCUAUACCGCCCAGAUGGAGGAUGAAGUGUCUCUGCAGGAGGGCGAAGCCAUUGAGGUCAUUCAUAAGCUCUUGGAUGGUUGGUGGGUCAUCAGGAAAAACGACAUCACAGGCUACUUCCCAUCCAUGUACCUACAGAAGUCCGGGCAGGAUAUAGCCCAGGCCCAACGCCAGAUCAAGAGCCGAGGGGCACCGCCCCGCAGGUCGUCCAUCCGCAACGUACACAGCAUCCACCAGCGGUCGCGGAAGCGCCUCAGCCAGGACACUUACCGGCGCAACAGUGUUCGUUUUCUGGAGCAGCGUCGCCGCCAGGCGCGGCCGGGACCGCGGAGGGCAGGGAGCCCGCGCCCGAUAGGGGAGCAGCCUGAGACCGAGAGCGCAAAGCCACAGCCCGCGGUGCCCCCGCGGCCCAGCGCGGACCUCAUCCUGCACCGCUGCAGUGAGAGCACCAAACGGAAGCUGGCUUCCGCCGUCUGAGGCCGGGCCACUCCCCUAGAUGGCGUCCUGGCCUCUCCGCCCUGUCCCGCCCCAUCCCUGUAUACACGUGUAUAGAUCCAGAAGUCUGGAUGCCUCCCGCAGUCCCGGCCUCGCCCGGCUAACUAUUCAGCGCUCUCAAUAAAUGUUGCUUGGAGUGGGCAGAAGUCCUGCAGAGCAGCGGGGCGGGCUGGGCUGGGCUCGCCCUUGGGGGUGUUUAUAGAAUUAGGACUGAGGGCUGUGAGCUCUGCUGGGGCGGGAGGUUGGGGGAAGUUGCGAGAACCAAGGUCCGGUUGCACACUGCCCUGGCUUUGGCCGAGACUAAGUUUGCACGGGGCCAAGUGCAAUAAGAACGCCCCGCACCCCCCGCCCCCGCGCUGGCUGUUUGGACAGAAGCUGCCUGCUAAAACUUUGGUCCCACUGCAGAAGAGUUCUGAAGAAGGGUGCCACAGCGCGCGGUGUGUGCACCUUAGUUCGGUGACAAAGAAAAAUUGUCAUCUAGGAAUAGGGAGGGAGCACCUUUGAUUAUUCGCUGCCCAGUUAGGAGGUUGUACCAGAAAGCAAUUACUCAUUCAUGAGCAGACCCUCACCGCCCCCACCAGCCCUGCUGCCAGACCAUGGCUCAAAGUCUUUGCCGGUGGAUCUUUUGCAAAAUGCAAAGACACCAACCAGGGUGCAACCUGGAGCUGCAAAUCUUGCUAAAGCAGGAGCUUAUCAGGAAGGCAGUGGGUGACAGCUACCCCUCCUUAUGUGGGAGGUGGCACAAGAGGAUGGACAAGGCUGGUUCCUUCGAGAUAAGGGGACUGAUGAUUCUCAAGAGAAUAAUUUGACCAGCGCAAUGAUUGAAAGAGGCCUUGAGAACAUCACUGGGCCCUUUGCUUUUUGCACAUGUGGUUUGCUGGAAAAGUCCAGCCCCUCAAACGCUAUCAUGCAAAGCUGUGGGAGAAUUGACCACCGACCAUCCCAACCCCUUUGCUUGUUCAGUUGCAAGUAUAAUUAAAAAAACAAACUGUGUGAGAUAAAAUACAGAUUUUCUUAAUUUUUAGUUUCAUCUUUUCCAAGCUAAGGUCCCGAUCCAACGU